CAUUUCCAUUUCAGUUAACUGGUCACCUCAGGAGAGGACAUCCCUGACUACCUUACCUUCAGGAAGACCUUUCCUAGUUUCAGCUCACUGCUUUUCCUCAGCGCUUAAAACUAGCACCUUUUUAUUUCUUUUGCUAGUUUUCUUCUCACUCUGUAAGCUCUGUGAGAUCAGGGUCCACUUGGCAGCCCCUUACCCCAGAGCCUUAGUGUGUGGGCAAGGCACAGAUAAGGAAUUCUGAUGAUAGCUCCAGUGCUCGGUUCUUCCAUCCUCAGUGCCUGGUACACCAAGAGUAUGUGGCACACCAGAGCCAAGAUCACUACGAAAAAUCCUUAUUCGACUUCCAUAAGGCCACAGCGCAGGUCUCGAGCUCUCCACCUGAGUCUGAUUGUGCCUGGGCAACGGUCUCCUAGGAGACGGGGAAACAAGAGGGCGGGGCCGAGAGGGCGCAAGGCUGAGACGCGCUGUGGGGCGCUGCGAGCGAACCUGGCUAGAGGCGCAUGCAGGGCCUCAGCGCGGCGCUUCUCCUGAGCGCGGAGCAGCUGGGGCCCGGGGCCGCCUGGUACCGCCAGGAGGGCAGCUCGGGGUGCAGCAGCUGGCUCCGAAGGCCGCAGCCAUCCAAGCUCCGCACCAAUUUCUCGUCCCGCUGGCCCUGGUCGCGCAACUCCGAGUUCCGGCCGUCUGAGAAGCUACCAUGGCCUGGUCCUGCCUCCGCCAGGCCCGAGGUGGCGCGCUGUGGCGACUGCCGAGGGGAUUACAGCCCGUUGCCUGCGCGCCACCUAAGCAGCGCUCGCGAGUCGUCUGUGCCCGGUGCUCUGGGCACUGUGAACCCCGAACCCAUCUGCUCCCUGUUACCCCCGACCCCGGAUGAGCCCCUUCCUGAUGUCCUGCCGCCGCCUGAUGAUUCCCUACUCCUCUGGCGAGGAUUCUCCAAAGGACCUCACCACAUGGGCCGACUCAGAAACGCCAAAAUCCACGUAGAGAGAGCUGUCAAGCAGAAGAAGAUCUUUAUGAUUCAUGGCAGAUACCCGGUGAUCCGGUGUCUCUUGCGCCAGAGGGGCUGGGUAGAAAAGAAGAUGGUGCAUCCCCCGGGCACAAUCCUGCCACCACCCCAGAAGGAUCUAGAUAGCUCCAUGCUGGGGGACAGCGAUGCCACGGAGGAUGAGGAUGAAGAAGAGAAUGAGAUGUUCCGGGAGUCGCAGCUGUUGGACUUGGAUGGGAUCCUGGAAUUUGAUGACCUAGAUGGGGUACAUGCUUUGAUGUCCCGCAUGGUUCGAAAUGAGACCCCCUACCUCAUCUGGACCACUCGGCGGGACGUGCUGGAUUGCCGCUUCCUUUCCAAGGAUCAGAUGAUAAACCAUUAUGCCCGCGCAGGCUCCUUCACUACAAAGGUGGGCCUUUGUCUCAACCUCCGGAACCUGCCGUGGUUUGAUGAGGCUGAUGCUGACUCCUUCUUCCCACGAUGCUACCGACUGGGGGCAGAGGAUGACAAGAAAGCCUUCAUAGAGGACUUCUGGCUGACAGCUGCCCGCAACGUUCUCAAGCUGGUGGUGAAGCUGGAAGGGAAGUCCCAGUCCAUCUCCGUCCAGGCAGGAGAGGAAGAGGCCCUAGAAGAUACACAGCCCAAGAAACAGGAAAAGAAGACAGCGACGGUGUCCUCAGACUUUGUGGAUGAGGCUCUGAGUGCGUGCGAGGAGCACCUCAGCAGCAUGGCCCACAAAGACAUCGACAAGGACCCCAAUGCCCCGCUGUACCUCAGCCCUGACGAUUGGUCCCUGUUCCUUCAGCGCUACUACCAAAUAGUCCAUGAAGGGGCAGAACUCAGAUACCUGGACGGCCAAGUCCAGCGCUGUGAAGACAUCCUACAGCAGCUUCGGGCCGUGGUACCCCAAAUAGACAUGGAGGGGGACCGGAACAUCUGGAUCGUGAAGCCCGGAGCCAAGUCCCGAGGCCGAGGAAUCACGUGCAUGGACCACCUGGAUGAGAUGCUGAAGCUGGUGGACUGCAACCCCAUGCUCAUGAAGGACGGCAAGUGGAUCGUGCAGAAGUACAUUGAGCGGCCGCUGCUUAUCUUUGGCACCAAGUUUGACCUGAGACAGUGGUUCCUGGUGACCGACUGGAAUCCACUCACUGUGUGGUUCUACCGAGACAGCUACAUCCGCUUCUCCACACAGCCCUUCUCCCUGAAGAACCUGGACAACUCUGUGCACCUGUGUAACAACUCCAUCCAGAGACACUUGGAGGCUUCCUGUCACCGGCACCCGAUGCUGCCCCCAGAUAACAUGUGGUCCAGCCAGAGGUUUCAGGCCCACUUGCAGGAGAUAGAUGCCCCAAAGGCCUGGUCCAGUGUCAUUGUGCCUGGCAUGAAGGCUGCCGUGAUCCACGCCCUGCAGACCUCCCAAGACAACGUGCAGUGCCGGAAGGCCAGCUUUGAGCUCUAUGGGGCUGACUUUGUAUUUGGGGAAGACUUCCAGCCCUGGCUGAUUGAAAUCAACGCCAGCCCCACCAUGGCACCGUCCACAGCGGUCACGGCCCGCCUCUGUGCUGGUGUGCAGGCAGACACCCUGCGUGUGGUCAUUGACCGGAGACUGGACCGCAGCUGUGAUACAGGGGCCUUUGAGCUCAUCUAUAAACAGCCUGCUGUGGAGGUGCCCCAGUACGUGGGCAUCCGGCUCGUAGUGGAGGGCUCCACCAUCAAGAAGCCUGUGCCCGUGGGUCAUCGGCGGACAGGGGUCCGCUCGUCACUCCCUCAUCUGCUGACCCAGCAAGGCUCUGGGGAAAGCAAGGACUCAGGCUCCCCUACCUACAGGUCAGCUUCUAGGAAAAAUGCUAGGCCCGAGAGCGUGGAACACACGGAGAAGCCAGAAACUACUGCCGUCACCUCGGUCUCCGGAAAGGGGAAGAAAGCCUCUUUCCACUUCCCCAGCCUCCAUGCCAAGGCCUGGCUGCCUUCUCCCCGUGUGCACCGACCCCAGGGCCGGGUCCUCAGACUCCAGCAUGGCCAGCUGGUGGGCUCUAAGGCUCUGUCAACCACAGGCAAGGCCUUGAUGACUCUACCUACUGCCAAGGUUCUGAUGUCCUUCCCACCUCAGCCCGAUCUCAAACUGGAACCUAGCAUGCUGAAGCCAGGAAAGGUGGGCUUCGAGCUGUGCUGCAUACCCUGGCGGGCUGUGCUGAGCAGCGGGAUUGGGGAAGAAGGGCACAGGCAGAGGGCAGCGCCCAGACCAAGCAGCGCACCAGGGAAGGGCUUGUCUUCCACAGAACCCUGUUCCAAGACAGAGACCUGAUCAUCUCUCUCUUCCUCCCCCCCUUUACACCGAGGCUGCUAUCCCCCUGCACCUUCGAGGCCCCCACUUUGGAAGU